UUCACCUACACCAAUCAGAGUCCUCGAGAUGCGGUCAUGUAUCACACACAACUUAUUAGUAAACGUCACAAUAUAAUCUGUGUCACGAAGUAACUGACCUACUGACAAUAAAUUCCAAUUGAGUUUUGGGACAUAUAAUACGUGCAGCAAUUUAAAAUUAUUUCCAAGUUCAACGGUGCCUUCUUUCACGGCCUCAGUGUGCGCACCGUUGGGUAACCUAACAAGACAAUGAGCAACAUCAUAGGUGUCGACGAGCACAUUUAAAUUCCCUAUCAUGUGAUGUGACGCCCCAGAGUCAACAAUCCAUUCAGUGGAGUAAGUCUUACCAGAGAGUUUUUCAUUAGUCCUGGUUUUGUAAGCAUCAAGCAUGCUUACAAGAGUUUGUCAUUGCUCGUCAUUAAGGUCGUUCAGUCCGGUCACGUCUCCGUCAGUUACGGCUGCAUUAGCAGCCACCUCAUGCCCUGCCGAUGCUGAGCAGCAUGAGUUUUUGUUAAAUCUCGGUCGCGUCCGCCAGAGGGUCCACCCCCUUUUCCUCGACUAGCUCCAUGCCCGGUUGACGUCUCCCCACCAUUCAGACUUAUUUGAGCUCUCACAGUUCCUUUCAUUGUUGGCAGCCAUGGUAAUCGAUCAACAAGAUUCAUCCGAGCUGCUUGAUUAUUCCAAGAAACACGUAGAUGGACGAUCCUAAUAAGACUCACGAAGAAAUCAGAACAAGUGAGCCCGCCGAUUCCGAGUCAAACCCGAGCUCCUGCCUGGUUUCCUCCGAUCCCGCAACGCCGAGCGAAAACCAGGUGUCGUCGAAGCGGAAGGACCGAGAAGCUUCCUUACGAUGGCAGCGGGAGUUCGAGCGAACACAAUAGACUACCUGAACAAACUAUGAAAAAAUGGCAGCGGGAGUUCGAGCGACUUAAAACAAACGAAGAAAAACCACAGAAGAUGUCAGAGUCAAUCAGCGAAGCAGGCAGAGAACGAAAACCAAGAAGAUGGGAAGAAGCCAUCAGAGCCAAUCAGCGAAGUAGCAGAGAACGAAAACCAAGAAGAUGGGAAGAAGCCUACUCUAUGGAGAGUCUAAAAAAACGAAAUAAAUAACAGAGCACUCCCCUGCCUUACUCGCACUUUAGUGUUGGUAUCAGAAAUCGUCGUCUUUUCUUUAUCCAUCGACUCAAGGAUGCCGAGCAGAUUUCCUGGAGCCCUUACUCAGGACUGGGAACCAGUCGUCCUGCACAAAUCCAAGUCCAAUGCCCAGGCCCUCCGAGAUCCCAAAGCCGUGAACCAGGCCUUGCGUUCCAGGGCAGCGGUUUAGACGGUGAAGAAGUUCGACGCGAGCUCGAAUAAGAAACCGGCGACGGUGGUGAACGCGAGGAAACUCGACGAGGGAACAGAGCCUGCGGCGCUGGACAAGGUGUCGACGGAGGUGAGACAGUCGAUACAAAAAGCGAGGGGGAAGAUAAAUGCUUCGGAUGGAGCUCCUCCAGGAACUGGGACUCAGAGUCGUCGAUAAUAGGUUGUGGUCGGAACAAGAUCUGCAGCCGAUAACCAUCGGUCGCGCAGCGAACAGUAAUGCUGGCUCUGAUACCAUGAAAUAUACAAAUCCGGGAUGAGGAUGAGGAUGAGGCUUCAAAUCCGGGGUGAAAGCAAUGAAAGCCUUAUCUUCGUCCAAUAAAGUCCGUGCUCAAUGACUCAAUUAAGGACCAAAGCCGCAGAGCAGGGGCUGUUACAAUGAAUGACGUCUGCUUCCUUCAUUCUCAAUGACUCAUUCACGUUGUUGAGCGUUGACACUUCCCACAACCCUUAUCCCGUUCUUUCAAGGAAACCUCCUGGAAACUUCAACAAGCAUUAUUAGGUUGGGAGCUUGAUAUGCAAUUAGACUUUCUUAUCCAGAAAGAUACAGAUUGGCUAGGAGCUAAUGGGUUACUUGUCAAAUUUGCUAUCAUUCACUUGAUCAGCUUGCCUUAUCCUCUACUUCUCCUUAUAUAUGCUAAGUACUCCCUUGAGACAAUUCCGAAAAGGUUAGAAGGAGAUCACUGGAUUGAAGACAUAAUGUAUGUGACAAGGCCUCUUUCACUAUACAGACAGACUCCCAGUUCCCUCUCUCUGCCUCCACCUGAAGGACCCAAUUCGGGUUACAUUGUUAUUCAAGAUGAGGAGUCUGUGGAUACAUGUUGUUUCGGAUUGUGUAAGGACUACAAAUUUCGAGAUCUGCCAUUCCCUCAGAACAAGAUGCUUACAGUCCGAUAUGGAACAGGGGCUGGGGAGAACAGGUGGGAGAGCCAUGAUGAUGCCUACUUCAUCCCAGUUCUUAACCAGCCGCUGUCUUCAAAUCUAUACUAUGUCAUAAAAGCACACCGGAGGCACAAAGGGGAAGCAUACAGAAGUUCAACACAAGAGGACAUGGCAACUUGUUGUUUCUGUAGGUGCGUUAGUGAUGUAAAACCAAAAGCUUUGGAUCAUCAAGACAUAUACCAACAAUUCGAGAUUAAACCUUGGCAGGGUUUCUGUGGCCCCAGUAGAGGUGGUUUUACUGCCAAACCUGUAGCUCCAGAUGGGAUUCCUCCACAAUUCCUGAGGAGAAAAGGGUGGGAGAUUUAUGCCUCAACUCCAAAGCAUUACCAGUUAGGUGAAGCUCAAGGCCUUGAUGCAUCUCUUCGAGCGCAUCUUCCAGAUUUGGACUUCACACCAGAGACUAAGAUUUCUAGGACUGUGGUUGUGGGGAAGUGGUAUAGUCCUUUCAUGUUCAUAAAAGAAGGAGAUAAUCUGAAAGAUCAAAUGAAGAGAUCAAUGUUUUACGAGGUAACACUUGAACAACAGUGGGAACAGAUUUAUGCUUGUGAGAAUACUCUUAGUGAAAGCAAUACAGUGGCUAUCGAUGUAUACGUUCAGAAGGAAGUGGUUUUGAUCUCUGGCACGGUGGUGGCACAGAAUGACACCAACGUUGUUGAUGGAGUGAUAUGGUUCAGAGCUCCUGAAAGUCCAGAAGGAGAAUUGAGUGUGGGUUUGAGUUUAGUAGUUGCGGAGAGAAUGAGAUGGGAGCAAGAAAGAGUGGGUUGGAAUGGUGGAAAAGACAGGCAGGUGAGGGUUGAGAGGGUAGAGGAGUUUGGUGGGGAGAAGAGUAGAUGGAGGAAGUUUGGCUGUUAUGUGUUGGUAGAAAGAUUUGUUUUCAAAAGAAUGGAUGGAAGCAUUCUUCUAAGUUAUGAGUUUAGGCAUACCCAUCAGAUUCAGAGCAAAUGGGAUUGAACACAGCAACCCUGUUCUUAUUUGUUCUAUUGAAUGAAGUAGCAUAUGAGUUGACUUUGUAUCUAAACACUAGGAAUGAGACAUUUGUACCUGUAUGGCUGUGUGGUAUGUAUAUUUAUAUGCAUUUCUUUUUGUGUCCUAUGAACAGAUGAUUUGUAGGGUAUUGGAGGUCAAUGAAGGAAAUUGGAUAAACUACUGGCGUAGGAAUCUCUCUAGUUGCUGCUACUGGGAAAUCCAAGCCGACUUCAACUAAAGCCGAUUCAGGCUUUCCUGAUAAGAAUUCAAAGUGGAUGCUUUAUCUCGAAAGAUGGGCCAAUAACCAACCCAAAAUAGAUGUAAGGGUAAGAGGCACACCUAAGCUGCUUUAGCUAAGCAACCCAAGACAAAAUGAGCCCAUAGAAUACUCAAAGUUGUAAAGCUCCAGUUUCUUCAAAAAUACAUGACACCGACAGAGCUGUUAUUGAUCAUGGAGAUGGAGGGAUGUGUUUUAGAUUCUCUUAAUAGGGUAGAAGGAGAAGCAAGCGUCAGGUUGAGUUUGGCAAUGGUGGAGACUGGAGAGAACCAAAUGGGACCAAGAAAGAGCAGGGUAUAGACCAGCAGAGAGGGAACUACCAGUAAGGGUUAAGAGGGUAGAGGAGUUUGGAGGAGAGAAGAGUGGAUGCAGCAAGUAUGGAUGUUAACUUGUUAUGUGUUGGUGAAGAGAUUUUUACUGAAAAAAAAAAGUAUAUAUUGGAUGAUUAGCACACACAUAGAAUUAAAAGGAAGCGAGAACGAGCAUCACCUUCCUGAUUUUCAUCUUUCAUUCUUUUGUUUAUUGCUUGUUCAGUUGUGCUGUUGAUAAAAUAGAAUAUGAGAUUGGAUGUUUUUUGUUG